UUAUACAGGCAAAAGCCCGGCAUUGCUAAACUUGGUGGCGGGUGACUGAAAUGGGCACUUUCGGGAUUGCUGCAUUACCCUGAUGCGAGGGGCUCCAGCCGCUAUUGGCAGUUGAGUGGAAUAACUGCAGUAGGUCUUCUGGAAGCAACCACGGAAAGACAGAAGAUGAAAGCUCCUAUUCCCAACUUGGUUCUCUUGUAUGCUACUCUGACUCAGAGCUUGAAGGUUGUAACCAAAAGGGGAUCAGCUGAUGGAUGCACUGACUGGUCUGUGGAUUACAAGAAAUAUCAAGUUCUAGUGGGAGAACCUGUUCGUAUAAAAUGUGCACUCUUUUAUGGAUAUAUUAGAGCUAAUUACUCCCUAGCCCAAAGUGCUGGACUUAGUUUGAUGUGGUACAAAAGCUCUGGACCCGGAGAUUUUGAGGAACCUAUAGCUUUUGAUGGAACCAGAAUGAGCAAAGAAGAAGACUCCAUUUGGUUCCGACCAACAGUGGUACAAGACAGCGGGCUCUAUGCAUGUGUUAUAAGAAACUCAACUUACUGUAUGAAAGUGUCCAUUUCGCUGACGGUGGGUGAAAAUGACACUGGACUCUGCUACAAUUCAAAGAUGAAAUAUUUUGAAAAAGCUGAACUUAGCAAAAGCAAGGAAAUCUCAUGUCCUGAAAUUGAGGAUUUUUUAUUUCCAUUUAGGGAGCCUGAAGUUCUGUGGUACAAGGAAUGCAAGUCAAAGACGUGGAGAUCAAGUAUUGUGUUUAAAAAGGACACUCUUGUCAUUCGGGAAGUUAGAGAGGAUGACAUUGGAAAUUACACUUGUGAGCUAAAAUAUGGAUUCUUUGUUGUCAGAAGAACGACAGAGUUGACGGUUACAGCACCACUAACAGAUAAACCACCAAAGCUUUUACACCCCUUGGAGAGUAAGCUAACAAUUCAGGAGACCCAGUUAGGUGGUUCUGCUAAUCUAACCUGCCGAGCUUUUUUUGGAUAUAGUGGAGACGUCAGUCCUUUAAUCUACUGGAUGAAAGGGGAGAAGUUUAUUGAAGAUUUGGAUGACAGUCGAGUCUGGGAAAGUGACAUUAGGGUUCUCAAGGAACAUCUCGGGGAACAGGAGGUUUCCAUCUCAUUGAUUCUUGACUCAGUCGAAGAGGCAGACCUGGGGAAUUAUUCCUGCUACGUCGAGAAUGGCAAUGGACGCCGGCAUGCCAGUAUUCUUCUACAUAAAAGGGAGCUGAUGUACACAGUUGAGCUUGCUGGUGGGCUUGGUGCUAUUCUGCUGCUGCUUGUUUGUUUAGUGACUAUCUACAAGUGUUACAAGAUAGAGAUUAUGCUCUUCUACAGAAAUCAUUUUGGAGCUGAAGAACUAGAUGGAGACAACAAAGACUAUGAUGCAUAUCUAUCUUAUACCAAAGUGGAUCCUGACCAGUGGAAUCAAGAAACUGGAGAAGAAGAAAGAUUUGCUCUUGAGAUUCUACCAGAUAUGCUGGAAAAGCAUUAUGGAUACAAGUUGUUCAUACCAGAUAGAGAUUUGAUUCCCACAGGAACCUACAUUGAAGAUGUGGCAAGAUGUGUAGACCAAAGCAAGCGACUGAUCAUUGUCAUGACUCCAAGUUAUGUGGUAAGAAGAGGUUGGAGCAUCUUUGAACUGGAAACGAGGCUUCGAAAUAUGUUAGUCACGGGAGAAAUCAAAGUGAUACUGAUUGAAUGCAGUGAACUACGAGGAGUUAUGAACUACCAGGAGGUUGAGGCCCUAAAACAUACCAUCAAGCUCCUCACUGUCAUUAAAUGGCAUGGACCAAAAUGCAACAAGCUGAAUUCCAAGUUCUGGAAACGUUUACAGUACGAGAUGCCUUUUAAGAGGAUUGAACCCAUGACAAAUGAGCAGGUUUUAGAUGUCAGUGAGCAGGGGCCCUUUGGGGAACUGCAGACAGUCUCCGCAAUUUCCAUGGCUGCUGCCACCUCCACUGCUCUUGCCACUGCCCAUCCAGACCUGCGCUCCACCUUUCAUAACACAUAUCAUUCACAGAUGCGCCAGAAACACUAUUAUCGAAGCUAUGAAUACGAUGUACCUCCUGCCGGCACCCUGCCGCUUACCUCAAUAGGUAACCAGCACACCUACUGCAACAUCCCCAUGACACUAAUAAAUGGGCAGCGGCCGCAGACAAAAACUAACAGGGAGCAGAACCCCGAAGAGGCUCACACAAACAGUGCCAUACUGCCCCUCUUGCCACGGGAGACCAGUAUAUCAAGUGUCAUUUGGUGACCGACAUGCAAGGGGCUGUCAACCCCCUUGAGUAGGAGCAGAGUCUGCAGUCUGGUGCCUGGAACUACAUCCUCGACUGCUGCUGUUAAACAUGCAUUACAAUCGAUAAACGAGGAAAAACAGGGUCUUGUACAUAUGUUUUUGCAAUUUCUUUGUAGCAUCAGUCUUCCUGUUUUACCCAUGUCUCUUCCCAUUCACAUUUUUGACUUUGUUUUAUAUGUCAUUGGAAUUUGUAUAUUUACUUUUUUUUUUUAAAUGAAGAGACUGCUGUAUAGAUAGGAAACUUUUUUCUUCAUUAGUAUAGUUUUAGACUUUUUGUUUGAUUGUUUAUAACCUCUCUUGGGAAUGCUUGGACAAAGCUAUGUUGAUAUCAGAAGCACCAUCCAUUUUGUUGGCCUGCCUAGUCUGAUUCCUGAAGGCCAUGCCUGCUGCAGCUCACCUCUUUUGGAAAGUUUUUGUUCUUAGAAGGACCCCAUCGCUCACUGAGAGCUCCAGUUUCAUUUCUACUCCCGUAAUGUGCACUGCUCCUUCCCUGCCCUUACAAAGACCCUCAUUUGGGGUAACACUACAGUCUGAUCAUCUAACAUGUAACUUGAUAGAUACCUGUCAAACAAAAGAAGAUACCCAAUCUGUAUCAGUUGCUUCACGGUAGUCACUACAGAGUGUGUAGAAACUAGAGCCGGUUUCGCUUUCACUUUCUUGGGUUUGGGAUUUUUUUAGUUCUUAUUUUAAGAAUGAGUUCGUUGUAUCCCUUUUAUAAAUAUAAAAGCAACCCUAUUUUUAACAUGUCCUGGAAAGUAUUAAUGUGGUUGUGGAUUUUAUUUUUUAAGCACUUAAUUUUUUUUUUCUUUUCCAACUUUCAAAAUCCUGCAAAUAACAUUUGCAAAUGUCAGGCAAGUAAGACAAGUGAGGCAAUAGGCACUGAAGUGCAGAGUCCUGCUGAUAUGUACACUGAUGACUUCCAAACCAAAGGGGAAUAAAAAAAGACAGUAUUGCAGUUGGUUUGUCACGUUGUAUUAUAGAAAGUGUUAUUUUCAAAAAAACCAUAAGAGCAAAACAUUAUUUUCCUGUGGGUUUCAGAGUCCCUUGUAUUUUAAUGUUACAAAAACUGUAUUUGCUUUAAAAUGAUAUAUUCAGGACGAAGAAAUCUUCUUUCAUUUGGUUUUAGCUUGUAACGAUAAAUAAAACUUUAUUAAUUUUGACAUGAAUUCAGUAAGAACUCAGGCAGAAAAAAUGACAUGAUUACCAGAAAUAUAAUUGUUUUCAGAAUAAACUUUAUUUAUACAAAAUUAAUAUUUAAAUCAGACCUGGAAGUAUUAAAAACACUUUAUUCACUUUAAUGAAUAAAUAAAUUAGUUUUAUUUUUAUGUAUGAUUCUAUCUUUGAGGAGUUGCAAAUAAUGCAUGUACCAUGGCUGACAGGGAAGAAAAAAAGCCCACCACUGUGUUUACAUCCAGACAUCUUUAAGACAACUUAAAUGAGCACCUUGCUCAUAUUUAUGUCUUAAAUAACAGGAAGUCCUUUCUGGUUUUAGAAAGAGAGAGGAGUGGUGCAGCUCUGCAACAUACUCAGGCCAAGCUCUCUGCUAGUCCCUGCUGGCAGAAGCAGAGGAGCUGGGGUAGAGUUACAGGUUGCAGCACACUGUCAGAGAGUCAUGGGUUUGAUUUACCCCCACUGAAUCAUAACUGGUGUCCUGGCAAACAGACCUUAGAGUCUAUUUAUGUAAUUAAUUAGCUUUAGAUAUUUUUAUGGCAGCUGAAUGAUAUCAGCCGAUAUAAUGGAUAUGUGGGGUUUGCUCAUCAUGAUUGUCACAAACCAGAAAAGUAUAUCCUAUAAUAUUUUGGUCUUCUUAAUGAGAAGUGAGCGGGGAGACUGCAGUUUGGGGGAUGUUUGUGGGAGCAAUCCAGUACUGACAGUGUGGGAUGAAAUGAAUGUGCUCCUGUUGUGAAAGUCAAGAAAUCUCAGUAUCUGCAUAAGAAGAAAAUAGACUUUUGAGGUGUGCACCGAUUUUUAUUUGCUUAAAAUGUUUAUUUCUCUGAGAUUUAGCUCAAGUCCUUUUCUACAAUCUGUUCUUUAUUAUGGUGUCUCUGGACAUGUGCCAAACAUCCACAAAAUAGAAAUUAGGCUGCCAAGUCACAUAAAAUUUUAAGAGAGCUUUGCAUUUUUGCUUCAAGAAAGCUAUUAUUUAUUUGCUCUUACAGACACCUGUCAAGCACUGAUGGCAUUUUCCUUCAUUCAUCUGGAUGCCUGUCCUGGUUUCCACUGGACUGAGAGGGGGAGAAGGGGAGGGGUUGAGCGAGCGGCAGUGUGGUACUUAUUUUCCAUCUGGGCUUAAACCACAACAGUCCCAAAUACCCAGGAUCCUCUGAAAGCAAUGCAUUAUUUUUUUUCCCCUUUACAUGCCCUGGUAUAAAGACUGGGAUGUGGAAUAAAUGUAAGAUGAAAUUAUCUGACCACAGUCACAUUUAGACAAUUGGUAGGUGUUUCCUUAGCCACAUGGGAAGUACUUUUCUGUUCCUCUACUUUUAGUGUAGAUUUAAGCACUUUGAAUAGCAUGAUUCAGGGAUUGACAGAUACUAUUUGAUACUCACACUACUUAAAGAAAGUUUUGCUUAUAAUGUUUUGUCUUAAUAUUAAAUAUAAGAAAAACAAACAAAAAGAAAAGAGAAACAAACCACAAAACCUGAAAUAAAUGGAGAAGCUGUCUGUGGCUUUAGAAACAUUCCUCCUAAGUAUUCCUCUUCUGUGAACAGCUGUGUGGGGAACAGAGAAGGAAAGUGUUGUGUGUUCACGUGCUCUAUGCUUGACAUAAGUUCUGUUGGAACACAAAAAUAAAAUGGAAAAAAAAUCAAACAAACAAACGAAAACCAACAAAAACUGUCAUUGCCCUAAUUCUUAGGCUCCAUCAUUUUUUAUGAAGGUGUUUUGGUUUUUGACAAUGCAGCCUGAACUGUGCAUGCAAUAGCCACAUAUAAGGUUUAGCCAUAAGCAAAUAGCACUUUAGUUUAAAAAAGGCACAGUGUGAUGAUCAGAAAAACUUACUCUGCCUGGUCAAAAACUUUGGGUCUGUAUGUGGAUUCUAUGCACGUGAAUUAUCCAAGUGUGGUGCUCUGUCUUUAUAAGGCUCUCUCUAAUCAGGGUAGUCCGUGUUAUAAAAGGACUCUGUUGCACAGCUUGUGUAAAUUCAGCAUAUAGGUUCUCCAGACAGCAUACAUAGCUGGACAGAAAUAGGAGACUGUAUAGAAUGCAGCCAAUUAUUUUGAAGGCAAAAUGCAUUGCUGGGUCUGAUUCUGUUCUCAGUUGCAGCACUAUGAUUUGAGAGUCAAUCUAAUAAAUCUGAAUGAGUGUAUGAUUGAUUUGUGUGGGAGAAGAAAAUUGGAAAAACAAAGAGAAAAAGAAUUCAUAUUUGCAGUCUGUGGCAAGAUGAAAUCUUGGCUGCAAGGAAAGGAGCACCAAAAUGCCUUUUGAAUUUUAGUGGGGACCCAGUUCUCACCUGGCAGCCAACAUCAAACACCUUCAAUAUGAUCUGGUUCAGAGUUAAAUAUUGUUAGGCUUAGAUACAAAGUAAGAUUUUUCUAUUACUGCACAGCUGUGAAAACCAUGUAUAUGUUACAUAAUGGGUGAUAAUCAGCUUCAAAAUAGCCAGAAAGCUUGUUAUACCCGCCUGAUCAAAAUUCACAAAGUUUUAUUUGGAUAUUGUGCAUUAAUGACACAUUAAAUUAUACAUAAAGCAGUGAGAUUUGGGGGAAAGUGGCCUAGUAAACAAGAGUCCUUAAUUUUUAAACUAAAAUAACCAAAAAAAAAAAAAAAAAAAAUCAAGUUAGUAAACCUAAGGAGACUUUAAUUAAAAUCCAAAGAAGGAAGAAAAACCCACCAUAGUAAAGUAAGCUCAAAAUAGAACAGAGGCCAAUGAAGAAUAAAGGGCAAAAUACCCACUUGCUUUUUGACUGCAUUGUGGUUUCUUUUGUCAUGCAAAGCUCUGUACUCUGGCUGACCUACAUCAAGCAACUGGCUUUUUUGGAGGCCAUCCAGACAGAUCAGCAACACAAAUAUGUCCCUGUAUGUCUAAUACACUUCCGAAUGAUUUUGUACUUGUUGAUAGUCUAGCACAGAGAGAUUUUUGUUUGUCUUCUGUUGUGAUCAAGAGGAUGGCAAAAAUCUGUCAGCACUAAAAAAAACCUCUGUAACAGACUUAGUUUAUUAACUAGAGUAACUAUAUUCCUUCACUCCCACCCCCUAUCUGUUGUGCCGUUAUUAGAACACUUUUUCUAACCCAGUUGAGAAAUAGGUUAAUGUGGCUGGCAACAGAAAAAAUGUAAGCAACCUCAUGAGUUUCCUUAUAUUAUGAAGGCUGCAAGUUCUCCCUUGCUUUUUUUUUUUUUUUUUUUUGUAUAAACUCAUCUCUUCACCUCCUAAAUAGCCCACUGAGUGGAGGUUGAAGAACACCAUUGUGUCUUUAAUUUCAGAUUCAAUGAAUUUAGCAUGGAUACUGAACUGUUUAUGAUGUAAUUUUGCUGGGCCAUUUUCCAUUGACUCUGGCUCUAUCCUCCAAGAAGAUGUUGGCAGCAUCACACUUCACCAAACAGCCUUGACUUGAUGUUCCAAAACUCAGGCUUGUUGCCCUGGGGAGUGAAAAUGAUAAAAAUGUUUCAGCUGUUAAGAGUUUUCCUAUGCCUUUUUGUUUCUUUGUUUGUUUAAAUCCUGUUCAUAACAAAGUUUGACUUUUGCUCUGGACUAAUAAACUCUGGGGUUAGGUUUAGAGUCCACAGGGUCAUGAAGUAGUUAGAGAAGAAAUUAGAAAGGCAGCUCUGAUACCUUAUGUGGAAAACAUAUCAAUUCUGAAGCUGUUCAGAUUACUAAAAAAUGAGUAUAUUUUGAUUGAGGUUUUUUAAAGGGAAGUAUUCAACUUAUAAUUACAACCAGUCUCAUUCCAAAAGCUUAUCAGCAUUCUUAACAAUAAAUAGCCAAUACCUUAGAUAACAUCAUUUCAGAAACAUUCAAUAGUCAAUUCAAAUAUUUUUAUUUGGGGGAACUGAGUUACAUUAUUCUCUAGGAUCUCAAUAUUAAAUAAAAUAGGUUAUCUAGUACUGAGCUUACAGAGAGUACAAACAUUUCUUUUCUUGAUCACUAGUAUUAGGAAAACAAUUUGAAGCAAAAUGUGAGAGCUAAGAAUUUGAGGGGGGUAUUAUUGAUACCUUUUUAUAAAGACAUUUCUUAACCAUCAAGACAUGACAAAAGGAAUACACAAAUUAUUAAAAAAAUAAAAUGGAUAUGUUUUUUAACCUUCUAUUUUUCUGUUAAUCAAAUAUUAUCUCUCUCUCUGCCCCCCUCAAAAAUACAAAAUCAUCCAGGAGUAGUUAAUACCUACUGAGCCCAUACUCUCAAAACACAUUUUGUGACUCAUAAAGAAGUGCAAGCUAGAACAGGCGGCUGCACCACAUGUCUGCGACUGAAAAGCUCCACAGUGGGGAAAAUGUGUUCCUGUGCAUGGAGAAGGAGAGCACAGACCCCUUUGGCCUCAUGUUUAGUUACUCCUAUGUCAGGUGGGAGCAGAAGGAACCAUGGGCUCGAUAUACCACCACUGUCCUACUUGCGGUAGGCAACACACAGGGAAGGUGGGCAGUGAGUUGCUACUGAUGUUAAUGAAAAUAAACAUGAGAACCAUCAGAUGUGGAGGGACAGAUACCCUAUGGCAAAGCAGCCAGAAGAGCAGGAACAGCUGACAAUAUUUCCCAUUUGUUCCAUGUUCAAAGUAAACACCAGCACCGAGCAUAGAGAGAGGUCAGCUUGCCAGGUUAGUGUGCAAUCCACUAAAUGACAGCUACAGAAAAUUGCCAUCUCAAUCAGCUAACACCACACCUGAGCACUCUCACAGAAAUUUCCAUCCCAUCCUGCCCCAUUCCAUCCUAUCCUGUCCCAUCUCAUCCUCUCAUAUCCGUUUACCUUGCAGACUGAAUUAGAAGUACAAGCACUUAAAGCUUGCUGUAAGGCCUAAGGUUGGGGUCCACAUGAAAACUCUAUGCAGAGAUGUUUAGGGUGAGUAGAUGUCUUCUUUCCUGAGAAGAGAGUUACAGGAGCAGUUUUGAGUCGAAAAAAGGUUGUAUUUUUUUUCUCAGUUAGCACACCAUUUUUCACAUCCACAUAGACUACUUAUAUGAAGCAACAUCCUGAUACUAUUCUGACCUUCUACAAUGUAAAAAAGAAAGUCUUGAAAAUAUCAGUUAUGGGCUCAAAAUAUUCCAUUGAGCUGCAAAGUCUGCACACACACUUGAAAAGCAAACCUAAAUAAAGAAAAUUAAAUUAGCAAUGCAAUUACUUAACCUGUUUAAACCUGAGUUUACACAAUUCUUUUUAAAGGGAAGGUUGUUUCCUCCUGAUGUUUUGUAGGAAGUUAAGUAAGAGACUUUUCAAAAUUUUCUCUCCAUUCUUUGCAUGACAGGUAAAUCAUAGAGAGAUUUGUUUAGGAAAUCUCGUUAUUCAUUGUAAGUUUAAAACACAAGUGGCAAUGAAUUUACAGAUAUAGAAGUUGUUUGCUGGAGUUAAUAUUCUCUGGUGAACAGCUAACUGCAGCCCUGAGUUCCUAGGAAUACUUCAGUAGAAAAUUUAAACAAUUAGUAUUAGAAGUUUACCUUCAUCAUCACAUUGGAACAUUGUACAUUUGUCAUCUUAAGACCCAGGCAACUUCAAAUGGAACAAUUAUGUAAAUACAAAGCAGUGAGGAGAACAGCGACACAACUGUCUCUCCAUCUAUCUCAGCAAAAUAGUUCAGCGACAUCAGGCUCCUUCUUUGAGACCACUAACCUAUGCCUACCUCAGCAAAACGCAUGAAUCUGCAAACUGUGCAGAUAUCUGGGACAAAAUUGUUGCAAUAAGCACUCUCAAAUCGUAGUCACAUCACAAAAAGCACUUUAUACAAUUUUAUUCCUGUACAUAGGUAUUUUAAAUUGUAACCAUUUAAUUACAGAACUGUGCAACAAAAAAUAAAAUAAGUAGCAUUCAUAAAAAAUCAAGGAAGUCCCAAAAAUCUGGGUUUAUUCAUGGCAUGACAUUUCCCAUGUGCUGCAAGGAGAAGACAAACUUGUAACCAAGCCAUUGCCGGGAUAAUGUGACACAGAUACAUUGCUGGGGUGACACGGGGUGGGAGAGGUACAGGGAAGAUCUUUUCUGGUCAUGUCAUGACCAGGUAGGUGAACACGACUAGCACUCAUCUAGUCCUUCUGCCACAGGAAAUUACAGAUAUCCUUUGCCUGGAAACCCAAAUUUAUCAGAUACUUCCUUCACCACCUGUUUGCUGUCUGAAGCCAUUUAUACAAUCUUGCUAGAGGCAGAAAAUGUUUCUUUUCUAGGUAAUAGGACCUACCUGAAUAUCUGCCAAAUUUCCUAUUGUAAAUAAUGGUGUCAGUUAAGUUCAUCUCCUAUUUUCUCCGAUUACCUCUUCACUAUUCUAAACAAAAGAGCUUGUGAACAGCUCUCAGUGCCACAUAGCAAAUACCACUCCUACAUUUUUUUGAUGUUGUUAGUUAUUUGAAGAUUGAGAAGCAGCAGCAAAGAUGCUACCUGCUUGAAAUGAUGCUUGCCAAGUUGUUCUUUAGGGAAUGUUGGAGAAAAAUUCCCUUUUAGUCAUCUUGGGCACCUUACCAGAUAUAUGUCUUUCAAGAUCCCUUCAAACAGCAAUCUAGAGCAUAAGGAGUUGGACACAGAUUGAGAACCACAUGCAUUUAAUUUUCAAGAAUAUUUUUAUUCCUCAUAGCUCCUUGAAUUGUGCUUUUGUUUGUUUGGCUUUGCUUUGCUUUAUUUUGCUUUGUUUUCAUAAGGAGACAUCAGGACUGAGAUACCAUUGCACUACAUGAGUUUAUUAGAAAGAACAGAGUGAAGUCCAGAGAACUGGAGUAAAGCAGACAUAAACAAGGCUGAAAAUCUCCUAACCAUGCGCAUGGCAGCUGUUCAAAGAGCUGCUGGAUUUCCUUAGCUCCCACUUCAGUAAAUUCUCCACUUCAUAGCCAAUCCAACUAAGGAAAAAUGGUGCUUUCAGGUGCCAUUAUACCUGAGUCUCAGGCACAGUGAGUCUGAUGCCCCUGCUCACUGAGAAAUGAGCUUUCUUUGAAACGCUGAGGUUUCUUCCUCCAGCCUUCUGAUUGCUAUUUGUUAGCUUUCUAAGGCUCUCCAAAUCCUUGGAGAAUAAAAUAAAAUCAAAUAUUUCAAAUUCAAGGUGAAUCUAUGAAAUGUACAAAAUCAUCAUCAGUUAUUUCAAAUAACUUACCAGAACACAGAUAUCUGCCCCUUCUUCCUGUAACUCUUACGGUUCUUCUGCCCUAGAUAGUCAUUUGCUGUAAUUUAUUUUACAUGUCCUGUAAAAAUAUGACCUAAGAUGUUUUUAUUUUUACAUUAAUCAGCAAACUCAUAAAUAGUUUAAUAUAACAUCUUCAUCAUAAAGUUUUGCAGAUUUGUUAAUGAUUCAUGUUGAGCAUACUAAUAAAGUUAAAGAAGGCAGCUGCCCCGUGCUGGGAAGUGGUGAAGCAACAACAAUUAGUGAGUGGAGGAUGCUAUAAGACAAAAUACUAAUCUUAGCUUUUACAGGAAAAGGGAGUUAAAUUAUCUUCUCAACAUGGCAUCUAAAUAUCUGCUGCUGUCACUUGCAGCAGUUUCGAGCCACAUAUGAAUUUUGCAAGAAAAGCAUACAAUUAAAUUCUGUGCAGUUACUAGUGCCAUGAGACUGUUCAUAAUAUAUAAAAUUAAGCAUAUGCACCAUUUCACAAGUAAAUAUUUUUAUUAGCAUAUUGUACGUUCUGCACCUUCUUCAGACGACAAGAAAUCAAAAUAACCACAAGGAUCUUUAACAGAAAAAACAUGUGUCUAGUUGAAACACUAGAAGAAAAAAAUCAUCAUGUUCUGUUUCAUAAAAAAAGCUGCAAAAGUAAUACAAAUAAAGCAAUUUGUCUAGGGGAUUAAUUUUCUUUAAUUUUAUUAUGUUACUUUAUUCAUCUCAGAAGGAGCUCACUGUCCAUAAGCAGAGUGCAUAACACAACUCAAAAAGCAUUAGUCCCUUCUUGGGACCCCACUAUUCAAAAUUAACACCUGGAUAAGCAUCUUGAUAAAGCACUUUGUUAAUAAAGCUCUCAGCUGGUCUUCCAUAAUCUCAGGAACCAGCAGAGUAGAACUGCUCUGUAGCUCCUACUGAAUACAUGUGCAUACACUGAAGAUAUAAAUGUAUACUUACCAUCUUUAAUUUUGCAUUGAUGGAAGCAAAAAAGGAAGUGCCAUGCUAGGCUUUGGCACCUUUUAUCUUAAUUUGCUUAAUAGUUGAUUAAAGUAAAAAAAAAAAAAAUUCUACUGAAGUCAGCAGAAUUAAGUGCAGCUGUGUAUAACUGGUGCAAAAUAAAGAGCAGAAUCAGGCUCAGAAUUUGUGGAAAUAAAUUUCUGGCUAUUCUACAACAUAAUUGAAGAUUCAGCAUCAUUACCUUUUCCAAACAUCCAUUACUAUUGCCAUAUAAACCAUAAAUUAUCAUAUGCAUUCUUGUCAAGGUUUUCUUUAAGGCUACAGGUAUGACUACAAACUGGAAAAUAUGUCUCUUUCUUUACAUACUUUUUUCAAAAUCAUUAAAGUUAAAAUAGAAGCACUACAGUUAAGUAGAAAUGCAUCAACCUAUAUUUAUGCCUACUGUAUAUUGAAGAUUUUACCUAAAGAGAUUAACUUAUAUUUAUUUUUUAAAAAAUGAGAUGGGUCAUAGGUAAAAGGAACUGCAUUUUUAUAGUAAUACUAUACUUAUUGCUGAGAAGAAAGACAGUCAUGAUCCAAAUGUUACCUAGUUUCAGUGUAUGUUACUUUAAAAAGAACAUGUUUUAUGUUAUCCUAGCUUUUGGAAAAUUCACCAAGCCUGGUAUUAAAAAAAAAAAAAAAAAAAAAGAACAGCUUAUUGUAAUAACGAUAACAUAUUAAACAUUUUUGUAUUUUCAUCAAUUUUAUUCUUACGGGAGAAAAGACAUCACUCACUAAAUAGGAAUGCUGCACAUGUUAGCAAUAGAAAUAUUGAUUUUUUUUUUGUAACUUUGAUUGCACUUGCCUUAACUUUUCCACACAUAUAUACAAACACAAAUAACACAUAGAGGGGGGGAGAAAGAGGAUUAGGGGAAAUAAAACCCACAAAAGUAGGCAAGUUUUACAUUAUUUAAUGACACAUGAGCUUAUUCAAUAUAAUCCUUGUAAAGAGCACAUGAUGCCAUAGGUUUGUUAAAGCACAAGGUGUACUUUGUCUAGAUUAAAAAAAAAAUGACGAAACAACACAAAACCAAACAAAAAAAAAACCCUUUUGGUGUGACUUUGAUUUAGGUUUAAAAAAGUUGGAUGUUUAAAAAAAUCUUUAUUACUUGCAUAUGAAUAUUUUUGUAUGAUAAUAUAUGAAGAAAGUUUUAAAACAAAACAAAAAACCCCACUUGCUUUAUAGUGUGCAAAUUUUAGAGAAAAAUAAACAGGGUAUGUAUCCAGUUUGUAAAACAAUGUUCUCCUUUCAAGAUUACUCUUUCAGUGACUAAAUGCAAGGUUAUGACAACUUGAAAUACUCUUUUUGUGAACUGACAAAGAAAAAAUAAAGCAAUGUGAAUAAUUUGCGUA